AUGCGCCCAGGGAACUGGGCCUUCGUCAAGGGUUACACUAAGGACAUGGUGACAGACUUUGAUGAGAAACACGAUGAGUAUUUAAUAUUGCUCCAGCAGAGGAACCGGAUAUUAAAACAUUUGAAAGCCAAGGACCCCAUGCAAUUGAGGCUGGAGCACCUGGAACACGGGUUCUCUGUCUACGUCAACGGGGCCAAUUCUGAACUGAAGACAUCCCCUCGGAAAGCCGUCCACUCCAGCUUCUCCAGAAGUGCCUCCCACGCCGAGGGGACUCACGAUUGCGGACGAAAAACCCUGUUUCGAGAAGCUGAAGAAACUUUAAGACGCAAUUCACGGACAGCCCCCAGCAAAGUCCAGCGCCGAGGAUGGCACCAGAAAUCUGUGCAGAUCAGAACAGAAGCUGGCCCGCGGCUCCACAUCGAGCCUCCUCUGGACUAUUCUGAAGAUUGUGAGCCACGUGGGGGUGUGACUGUCAAGGCAGAGGAUGCUUCUGGGGAUCGUCCACAGGAGCUAAGAAAAAGCCUGGAACUUAGUGUCAACCUACAAAGGAAAGAAAAGGGUGGUUCGAGUGAUGAGUAUGACUCUAUCGAAGAGGAUGUACUCUCUGAGCCGGAGCCCGAGGACCAGGUGCUGGUGGGUCGUCCUAGAGAUUACUCCCCUCUUCCCAGUGGGGACUCCGUGCAGAAGAAUGUUUCCGAGGACCAGGAGACAGAAGGACGCCCUCCCCAGCUCCCAGACACCCUCGUAGUACUAGAAUUUAACCCAGCUUCCAAAAGUAAUAAAAAGGAAAGGAAUUUGUCUGCUAAGCGGAAGGACAACGCUGAGGUCUUCAUUCCCAGCAAACCUGAGCCAAACCUGAGCCCCCAGCCCCUGACCGUGUUCCCAGACCAGGAGAGGGCAUGCUCAAGACCUGGAAGCCACCGAGAGAGACCCCUAUCAGCAACCCGAAAACUCGUGUGCAAGGCUGAGGACCGAGAGGAGGACGCCUCAGCCGUGCUCAGAGCCAUCCAGGUGGAGAACGAAGCCCUGCAGAGGGCGAUCCUCAGCAGAAAGGCUGAGCCCCCCGCCAGCCCACCACAGGGCACAGAGAGACCACCAGCAGAGUCAUGGACCGGUCUGCUGAAGGAGGAGACCCCUGAGCUGCCCUCCAUCACCGCGGCAACGAGCACAGCGACCAGCUCGCAGGAGCAGUCCAGGGCAGCAGGGGGAGCCAGAGCCGUCAGUGAAGCCAUCGACAGGAUCGGCCUUCUGGGGAGCAGACACCAGCAGAAGGUUCUGAAAGUCCUCCAGGCCAUCGAAAGUGACUCCACCCAACUCAGCCAGGUUGUUUCACCCACUGAGGAGCAAGUUCUGGACCCAGAGGACAAAUCGGGACCGAAAGCAGAAGAGAUCGAAGAUGCCAUCUACGUGACCAUGGAAAUCCAGUCCAACUGGGGCAGCGCGUCGUGGGUGGGUCUCACAGAAGUGGAAUUCUUCGACCGGAACAACACAAAGCUUUAUGUGUCGCCUCAUGAUGUGGCUGUCCGGAACUCGGACAUGCCCGGGGAGCCGGGCCACCUGGUCAGCAGGAACUUAGCUGGCAAGAAAGACCCUUCCUUGUGGACGUGCCCCUUCCACCCGCCGCUCCAGCUCUUUUUUGUUAUCCGCAACACGAGACAGCUGCGUGACUUUGGUCUAACCAAGAUCAAGGUUUGGAAUUACUGCACGGCUGACGGCGAUCUUGACAUUGGGGCCAAAAACGUGAAGCUUUGUGUCAACAAAAAACUCAUCUUUGAUGGCAACUUAGACAAAGGAGGUGACGAGGCCCCACAGAGCAUCCUGGUGGGCCUGCAAAAUGAGAGAAUGGAAAACAGCAUUGUUGCCCACUCAGAAGAAAGCAAAGAUGCCCGCAAGAGGAACAGCACCGAUGGGGACAAGCAGCUCGGUGCCAGUUACUCGCAGCCAGCUGGAGCAGCAGAGGAUGUGAAGGCAUCUUCACAAGGACAUUUAUUUGGUGGAAGGAUGAAUUCUCCUGACUGCAUGAAAGACAAUUUGUCCAAGUUAGAGGAAGAGUGCAGCUUUUUAGCCGCACCAUCCUCGCCAGGUGGCAUGCCCAGUGUCCCUCCCCACUCCUCCCCCGCGGAAUGCCCUCCUCCUCUUGAUCAAGAGCUCUCGCUGAUCCAACAGCUGGAAAACGUUAUGGGCAGAAAAGUCUCUGAGCCUCCAGGGAAAACCCCAUCCUGGUUACAACCUUCUCCCGCAGGGAAAGGCAGGAAGCAGGGAGGCCCGAAGUCAAAACCCCUCUGGCUGAGUCCGGAGAAGCCGCUGGACUGGAGAGGCAGGCUUCCGUCAGAGGAUAUCGUCCGUGAGGGGCCUGGAGAGACCGAGGCCGGAGAUAAAGACCCCAGGCGUGAGCAAGGGCGGGCAAGCAGCUGGAAUGUCAUCGCCAGCGAGAGAGCUCAGAGAGCAACCCCCAGAGUCUGCGGUGAUGACUUCGACAUCUUUAACCAGCCUUCCCACAGGGAGCACCCUGCUAGUGGGAGGAGGGGCCUGAGGAAGGAGGCCCUCAGUAACAGUCAUGGUGAUGGCCAGCCAGACAGCAGAGAAGAUGCCUGGUCCACCCGGACGCCACUGCGGCCCCAGUGGCCCAGCAAGCAGGAACACACCUUACGUGAAUCGUGGGACUCCCUCACUGUCUUUGACCACUCCCACCGGGGACGCAUCUCCAACGUGGAGUUCCAAGGCGACAUCCUGGAUGAGUUCCUGCAGCAGCAGAAGAGCAGCCGGCACAGCGACCAGCCGCACCCCUGGAAGGAGAAGCCGGAGCCCAUGAAAGGACAGGACCACGGCUCCCUAGAGAUAGAUGACGGGGGUGACUUUAAAAUCCCCGUCUUACCUUAUGGACAGCACUUGGUCAUCGACAUCAAGUCCACGUGGGGGGACAGGCACUACGUUGGCCUUAACGGGAUAGAAAUAUUCAGUUCCAAGGGAGAGCCGGUGCAAAUUGUGAACAUUCAAGCCGACCCCCCAGACAUCAAUAUCUUACCGGCCUAUGGGAAAGACCCCCGUGUGGUCACCAACCUUAUCGACGGGGUGAAUAGGACCCAGGACGACAUGCAUGUGUGGCUGGCCCCCUUCACGCUGGGCAAGUCCCACUCCAUCUCCAUCGACUUCGUGCAGCCUUGCCAAGUCGCCCUGAUCAGGAUCUGGAAUUACAAUAAAUCGCGGAUACACUCCUUCCGGGGUGUGAAGGACAUCACGAUGCUGUUAGAUACACAGUGCAUCUUUAAGGGAGAAAUCGCCAAGGCCUCAGGCACCCUGACAGGAGCUCCAGAGCACUUUGGAGACACGAUCUUAUUCACAACCGAUGAUGACAUUCUUGAGGCCAUCUUCUGUUCUGAUGAGACGUUUGACUUGGACGUGGAGAGCCUGUGCAGCCUGCGGUGCGAGGAGGCGCUGAGGAGGCCCAGCACGGCCGACGGCCUGGGAGAGGAGAGGCCCGACACCCAGGCUGGCUCCUGGGCUGAUGACCAGACCCCUGAACCAGAGCUGCCCCCCAGCCCCCCUGUCCCUGAAGUCACCACGCCAGAGCCGGGCAUCUACCAGGGCAUCUGCCUCCAGCUGAAUUUCACCGCCUCCUGGGGAGACCUGCAUUACCUGGGGCUCACAGGCCUGGAAGUGGUGGGCAAGGACGGCCAGGCACUGCCCAUCAACCUGCACCAGAUCUCUGCCUACCCCAGAGACUUAAAUGACCUCCCUGAGUACACCAGUGACUCCCGGACCCUGGACAAGUUAAUCGAUGGAGCCAACAUCACGAUGGAGGAUGAGCAUAUGUGGCUGAUUCCCUUCUUGCCGGGGCUGGACCACGUGGUCACGAUCCACUUCGACAGAGCCGAAAGCAUCGCAGGCCUGCGCUUCUGGAACUACAAUAAAUCUCCCGAGGACACCGAUCGAGGGGCUAAAAUCGUCCACGUCUCCCUGGAUGGCCUGUGCGUCUCCCCUCCUGAGGGCUUCCUCAUCCGGAAGGGGCCGGGCAACUGCCACUUCGAUUUUGCUCAAGAAAUCCUCUUUGUGGACUACCUGCAACCCUGCCCGCUGCCCCCACCAGCCCAGAGACUGGACACAAAGAGCCUGGAGCGGGCGAGCAUGGACUAUGAGGCGCCUCUGAUGCCCUGUGGCUUCAUUUUCCAGUUUCAGCUCCUGACCAGCUGGGGUGACCCCUAUUACAUCGGUCUUACCGGCCUGGAGCUGUAUGACGAACAGGGAGAAAAAAUCCCUCUGUCGGAAAACAAUAUCGCCGCCUUCCCCGACAGCGUCAACUCUCUGGAGGGCGUAUGUGGGGAUGUCCGGACCCCCGACAAGCUCAUCGACCAAGUGAACGACACCAGUGACGGCAGACACAUGUGGCUGGCUCCCAUCCUGCCCGGCCUGGUGAACCGGGUUUAUGUGAUUUUCGAUCGGCCUACCACGGUGUCAAUGAUCAAACUGUGGAAUUACGCGAAAACACCCCAUCGAGGGGUGAAGGAGUUUGGCCUCCUGGUGGAUGACUUGCUCCUGUACAAUGGGAUCCUGGCCAUGGUGGGCCACCUGGUCAGGGGCAUCCUGCCCACGUGCGAGCCCACAGUACCCUACCACACCAUCCUCUUCACCGAGGACACGGACAUCUGUCACCAGGAGAAACACACCGCCAUCAGUAAUCAGGUGGAGGGUCAGGACGUGCAGAUGAUGAAUGAAAACCAAAUCGUUACCAACUCGAAAAGGAAGCAGAAUGCAGCUGACCCAGCCUUACGCCCCAAAACCUGCAUCAGCGAGAAGGAGACAGCGAGACGCUGGCAGUGCUGA